AUGGCCAGAGCUGAGCGCAGCCAUUUUGGGGGCAACCAGCUGCAAGAGGGAGCGCUCAGCUUCAACAGCAGGGUGAUGAGCAUCCUCAGUAACCCCAGCGGUGUUUCCUCGCAGCCACAACACGACUUUUCCAUCUCACCACUCCACAGCGCCUUGGACUCCUCUCCAUCCAACGCUAUCUCAGCGAGCUGCAGCCAGCGUUCGGCUGAUUCCUCCAUUAAGACAGUGGACAGCCUUCCGUCAUCCCAGUCUUACUGCCCCCCGACGUACAGCACCACGAGCUAUAGCAUGGACCCAGCUGUGGCUGCCGCUGGCUACCAGUACAGUCAGUACGGCCAGACUGCUGUGGAUUACCUGGCCAAGAACGUUGGCCUGUCCAGUCAGCGCAGGAUGAAGCUGACUGACCACUCAGCUGUACUGGGACUGCUGCAAGUCGAGACUGGCCAGGCCUACUAGUACUCACCUAACAUAUUUUAACAACAUGACAUCUGGUCACCAGCACAACCCCCAUCUCCUGCUACCAUCCAUACAAAUCUCCCAGAGAAUGUGUGUGUGUGUGUGUGUAUCAUAGACUGAGUAUAUGAUAUUUAGCUUUUUCAUACUCAUUUUAUGUAACUGUUUCUCCAGGGUUUAAGAAUGAUGCAGCUGUCCGAGCUUUAAAGCAUGGGACCAAGCAAAUUCACAAGGAUUUCCACUGAUAGGAUGUUAAGUGUUCUUUUAUUUGUCCUUAUAUAAUACUGCACAACAAUUUGUACUGGAUAAUUAUAAUCUAGUGAUGUAAUAAUUACUAUGUGAAUCCUGAGCCAAUCCAUUCAGACUGACCUUUUUACACAUAAUGUCAGUUCACAACACUGCACUCAGUGUUGUGAACUGACAUUAAAUGCAUUUGUCCACAUCAAAAAAUGCCUUUGUGUUCAGUCUGAACACACCUUUGGGAAACACCACCUGGUUACUCUGCUAAGUCACCUCCUAGUCUUCAUCACUUGUACUGAGUUUCAUUCACUGACAUAUUUUUCUGCUUGUGUCGUCACACAACUGCACGUGUGAGUGGAUUAUGGCUCAUGGAUGCUCCAGUAGGGGAGAGUAAGGUCAGUUGUCACAUUUUUUGCCUUCAUUUGAAUCCUUCAAAAACUGUAUUGAUAAUGGAUUCCCUUCCAAUGUGUAAUGGAAGUGUCAGGUAGGCAUGGACCCGGUAAUCUUAUUCUCUUUAAAGCUGCAGUAGGUUACUUUUAGAAAAAUACCUUUUCGCCAUAUUUGCUGAAACCUUCACUAUGUGUAUAUAUAUACAUACAACAAUAGACAACCUGGAACUAAAACUCACCAAUCCACUAUCUUUCCUGUCUCUGAUUGGUUGUUUUCGUUCAGGUCUGGUGGAUUCUUGCAAAUACCAUUAGGAGUACUAGGAGAAGCCAGAGGAAUCAAUUUUUUUCACAGAUUAUCUGUCUCAUGUACUACUGUCAUGAUCAAGUUUUGGCAAAUAUGGCAAAAGGUUAUUUUUAUACAUGUUACCUACUGCAACUUUAUUAUUAUUUAAUAAUAUUAAUUAAAUUAAAUUAAAUUAUUAUUACCCAUUGUGUAAAUGCCUAGAGGAGACACACAGAAGAGCUGGACUUUUACAUACAUAUAUAUACAUAUAUACAUAUAUAUGACCCUGUAGGUGACCCCUGGCCCUCUAGGGAGUGAUGAAUGUGACAACCAACCCUGUUGUCCCUUACCUCAAAUUCAAGUCGGUUGUACUUCUGACCACACAGGUGGGUGUUGAUAAUUUAAACUAAGCAAAAACAAGAUUUUCAGCUGUUGUUUUUUUUUUUUAAUCCUCGAAAAGAACAAAAUGCUGGGGCAACCCUAAAUACUUACAUUUUUUAUGUGAGACUGGUCAACUUAAUAGAUACUGAAUAUCAGCACAAAUUAUUGGCAGCUUAAAAAGAAAAAAACCCUUCAGGAACCCAUGUGUGCAUGUGUGUCUAAGUAUGUGAGGGAGAUAAACACCUCUGUAGCAGACUGAUACGGACUAAUUGAGCCAUUCCUGAAGAGAUGUCUCUGUUCUGACACUGCAGCCCCUCUUAUCAACAACAAGACCUCCUGAGGAGCUUUGGCAAUAGUUGGAGGUCAAACAAGUUCCUGACUGAGCAGCUCGCACUCAGUGUGACCAUCUCUUCCCAUCAGCUGGAGCCGGACGUUUCUCCAGGCAGCUUAGUACCAAUCAUUACACACUCACUUUCAUUUCUUUGGAUUUGAGUUAAUUUAUUGUAUACUCCUUGCAUUUAUCUAUGAAAAACAAGCACUGGUUAGUACUAUGACAAUCCAACAUCAGCUAUUCAUAGUUAUCAUAGUCAUUCAAUCAUAUCUGCAAUUACAAUUGGAGUUGUUAACAGUGUUCCGUUUGGAAGUGUAUCUCCCACAGUUACUUUCAUGCUUGCUAAAUGGUUUACUUGCUGUGUGGAUUAUGUUUCUCUUCAACAUAUCAAACAGAAUGUUCAUAUUGAGCAAAAUGUUUACUGUCAAUGCUUUUAUGUCAUAAUCCGUCCAUGACAACUACAGUAUGGUUGAGAAUGGUUCAACAUUUUGCUAUAGUGCCUAUGUCUGAAAUCCUAGUUUCCUCUCAGCUCGCUGUUGAUGUGUAGUUUAAUUAGUGAACAAAGAUACUGUAAAUUAUCAAAUAAUGGACUUUACUUACCUCAACUGCAGAGCGGACCAGGCCUAUUAGAGAUCAAGGACAUGCACAGACAUGUUAAGGGGCUGUUGCUGUUGCUCUGACCUGAAUGGUAUAACCAAUGGGAUGCCCAGUAAAUACAAAUCUCCACAUAUGCUUCAGAACGAUGCAUUUUGUACAGUAUUGCCUUAUAUCAUGCUAUAGGCUACAGAAUUUUGCAUGUAGCCUGCUGCCCAUGCUAGUUAGCUAGCUAGCUAAAAUUGGUUCAUGUGAUAGCAUUAUAUAAAAUAUAUUGCGCAACGAUAUGCAAAUGUGUCAAAAAACAACAUUUUGGAUGAUACUGCGAUUUAGAUUGGUCCAGCAAUUAUAGGCUAGGCAUAUUUUUGCAACAACAACAGCAAAAAAUAAACAAAUAAAGAGGGCAAUUGGGCUGUGGAUUCAGCCCAGCCUUGUGCACGUCCUAGUGUAAUAAAAGGCUCAGUGAUUUUACCUGGCCAUUAUUUGAAUAUUUGAGAAUUUAUCAAGGUAGUUAAAAUUCAAGAGUCAGAUAGUCAAAACUGAUUUGUAAUAUGGAUCCAAAUAAUUUACCUUUCAGAAUGUAGAGAUAAAUUUGCAUUUUGACAUGUCAUAAAGGAAUUCAGGUCUGUCCACACCAAGAACAGUAACUAUAAUGAUGUGAGUAUCUACAGUGAUGAACAAUAAAAAA